GAGAGAGAGAGAGAGCGAGAUGGGGUUGAAUCGUGGUUUUGAUCGGGUCAAAGAAGAGGCAAAGAACUUGAGCUUCUUCAAGAUAUUCCAGAGUGCAGAUUUAUCCUCUGAAUCCAUGAGAGCGCUUCCUUACGAGUUCAUGAAGAAUGUCUCAAAGGAAGACUUGUCCAACAAGGCGGUGAUAAGAGCACAGUGGGGAAGCUCAUGGGAAGUAGACAUCUCCAAGAACCCAAGGUUCUACUACAUGGAGAAGUCCGGAUGGAACCAGUUUGUGAGGGACAAUGCUUUGGGAGCAGACGAGUUUGUGACCUUCACUCACAAGGGACUAAUGUGCUUCAAUGUCAACAUCUAUAAAAAAGAUGGCAAGGAGAUUGUUGUACCUCGAAAACCCCACAAAACGACUCCUAGUAAAGCUUUUAUGUUUAAAAGUGGGAUCAAGAACGAAGAAGAUGGGAGCAGCUACAAAGAUGUGAAGAAGGAAGAUGAGUCCAUGGAAGGAAUUGAGCUCGAAGUGAAGAAGAAGAAGAGAGCUGUGGAGAUAGGUGAAUCUUCGAGGGGAGCUGCGCUUAAAAAGAAGAAAGAUGAGAAGCACAAACCAUCCAAGAAGAUAAAGAGAAAGAAAGUGAAGUAUGGUGUUCCAAGAUUCAAAAUCACCCUAAGGAAAUCACACCUCAAGAUGUUGGCAAUCCCAAAGAGGUUUAAGGACAAGUACAUCAAAAAUGAGUCAGAGGUGUACAAGAUACAUCACUCGGAAGGAAAGGGUUCAUGGGAGGUGCUUUGCUUGGUGAGGCCUCAGUCAAUCUUCUCAAGUGGAUGGUUGAAACUCGCACGAGAGUACCCAUUAUCGUUUGGUGACAGGUGUACCUUCAAUCUCGUCAAGCCCGAUGAGUUUGUCCUCACCUCCAAGAAGGCCAGAGAAGAGAUCAUUGUUAUUGAUUGAUGAAUGAAUGUUUUAUGUGUCUAUGCUUUCUUAUAUCUAUGGAGACAAUAUGAUAUCACUUUAGCUUAUGUGUUGUUGUGUUGCUGUGUGUUUAUUUUCCCUAGACUUUAACUUGGUUUUGUCUGUUUAU